UCUAAAAAUGCACUGCAAUCUCGUAAAGACACUCAUUCAUGCGUCGCAGUCUUGGCUUCUACAGAGAGUUUGACGUGUUCGACUGUUGGUGUGCCGAAUUCUCGCCGGACUGAAGAGGAUCGCAGGAAUUUGGACCUGGGGACUGACGCAAUCCAAGCGAACCGAGCUGACACUGGGCCCGGAGGGUGCCUUUGGGAGAUCGGUUUGUCUCAAGGCUGCUCGUCGCAGCUGACGAUCGAGGAGCAGCGAAUCAGGAAUCAGAAAUUUGCAGAUCGUCGGUCGCCCUGCUGCGGUCUCUGCACAAUUGGUCACAGAGAAGAUUCAUAGCACGGAUUCGAUGACAGGAGAAGACCAAGAUGAGGGGAGACAGGUCAUCGGCGAGAGUGGGCCAACCAUGAGUACUGAUUUCGAAACGGAGGUAUUGAAGCCUGCCGUACAUCAAGUUGCUGGUCAUGGAUCAAAGAGUAGUGGGCGCCAAGGACCAGUUGUUGAUGAAUCCGGCCGCCGUUUCUUCAAGCCUUUACAUGAAGGUGAUGAGAGAGCAGAUCGAGAAAUAGCGUUCUACGACAAGAUAAAACAUGACGACAGAAUUCCGGCUGAAGUCAAGGCAUUUUUUCCCGCAUUUUAUGGGACAAAAUUUCUACCAUCCGUGGAUGGGCAGGGAUUAGUCAGACAUGGGGUAAUGGAGAAUCUGACUUACGGGUUCAAAAUGCCCUCGGUGACGGACGUCAAGAUUGGGUACAGAACUUGGUAUCCUGAAGCUACUGAAGCCUACAUCCAGAAAGCGAAAAAGAAGGACAAGAUGACUACUUCUGGAGCUAUUGGUAUUCGAAUAUCAGGUUUGCAGGUGUACGAAGCUUCAACGGGCUCUGUUUGGAAGCCAGAUCGGGAUUGGUGCAGAGACAUGAGUGCUGAAAUGGUUCGGCCAACCUUGGAGCGCUUUGUUUCUUCCAAUCCAUCCCUCGAGACUUUUGAUGCCGCGUUUGCAGCUGCUGUCUACGGAGGGCCGCACGGUGUCCUUGCCAAACUCCGACAACUCGAAGAGUGGUUCAGCACGCAAACUGCCUACCAUUUUACGUCCUCCUCCGUCCUGAUUAUAUACGAAAGCCCUUCCACAACCGCUGGCGAUGGCGCUGCGGAUGAUCAAAUAAAUGUAUCUGUCAAAUUGGUCGACUUCGCACAUACGGUCGAUAGCAACACCGUGGAUGAUAACUUCUUAACUGGUUUGAAGGCACUGAUGAGCAUACUUUCGACCAUUCUAGAAGAACAUGUGGCCCGGCGGUCUAGAAUGAGCUGAUACUUCGUGAGUUCGAUCAUUGUGUCACAGGAGUGCCGAAGACUGGACUGUACUGUUAUCAUGGGUAGCUGCCAUUUGAUGUUACUCAUUUUGUUUUCGAUCGUACCUCAUUCAAUUGCUGUGACAGUGUGAGAGUGAAGUCACUCGAGAAUGCAAGUAGCCACUGCUGUGGAACGAUGCAAUCCUUGCUCGUGUGGUCGGUUUGAAAGCCAUGUGUAGUGCAGGUUCCUUCUGUGUAUCUGAUUCUCCUUGUACGACGUCCAAGUUCCAGAUGUUUAUUCAUAAGUCUACUUUCAAUGUCAAUUGUAGCGCAGGAUCGAAAGGGAACGAAAUUCUAGGCCGUUUCGAGACGAUCGCUUAGUUCUAUAGCUCCACAACCAGAAACCGUAAAGCCGAGCUCUGAUAAACUCUACCAGCUACUUCAUGCACGGCUGGAGUUGUGUUCCAUUGACAGUAAGUGAAUGGUUUGGCAUAAAAUGAGGAAUUCCCGCAUGCGACAGAGUUCCACCUCUGCAGGUUGGCCGAUUCCUCCAUGUUUCGUGUGGGUUGCGUCGAGCAA